UCUUUAGCAGGAACAAUGUUCACACUCCUUGUCCUUUUUGGUCUCUUCAUAACUGUUAAAACAUCUAAUAUCGCUGAGAUUCAAGUGCAGACAGUAAGGCGUGGGGAUAAUGUAACAAUAAAAUGUGGUGAAGAUCUCACAAUAGGCAACAAAGGUAAUUUAAUUUGGUACAAGCAGAGUUUUGGAAAGGUGUCUCAGUAUGUAGCAAGAACAGUGAAAAACGACUAUAGAUUGAACCCCGCAUUUAAAGAUCACAUCAACGUUACUCGAGAUCAAAAAAGGUUUGAUCUCAACAUUGCUGGAACUAAGGAAGAUGAUACAGCAACAUAUUUCUGUGCAAAAAUGGCUGACAACUUAAUAAAUUUUGGAUCUGGAACACUUUUGGUUUUUCAGGCUGAGAAGACCAGCCUCCAUGUUCCCACUCUAAAAGUUAUCAGGAGUGGAGAGUCUGAUACACUUCAGUGUUCAGUACAGGAGAUGGCUUCAAGCUGUGCAGAAGAACGUGUGUACUGGCUCAAACAUGGUUUAGGAGAAUCUCAUAAAGGAAUUAUUUACACUCAUGAAGACAGCAGUGAUCAGUGUAAAAGAAGCUCUGAGGCUGGUUUUCCCACACAGAGCUGCAGCUACUCUUUUCCUAAGAGCCAACUGGGACCUGAUGAUGCUGGAAUUUACCACUGUGCUGUGGCUGCAUGUGGAAAGAUUCUCUUUGGGAAUGGGACAAAAGUCGAUGUAAAAGAAAGUAACCACUGGAAGGUCAUUGUCUUGAUAACGUCCAAUGUAAUAUCCAGUAUUAUAAUCAUUGUUCUGGUUGGAGUUAUACUUAAAAAUAGGAAAGGUGCCACCAAUAGCCAUCCAAGUCACACAAAUCAGGCUAAAGCUGAAAAUGUCUUGACUUAUGCAACUGUAACCCUUGCUAAGAAUCCUUCUUCCUCCAGAGCAAAACACUCGAGAGUCAGGACUGACCAGGACAUUUAUGCACAGGUCAAAAUAAAUUAGCUAAAAAAAAAUAUGUGUGAAUAUUAUUAUUAUUUUAAUUAAUUUCUUGUCUUGGAUACAUUUUAUUCAUGUUCAAAACAUGACGCGAAAAGAUGGUAGACAGUCAGUACUGCUGAUUCUACUGAAACAGUUCUUUAACAAAUAAAUUGUAAUAAUGCAUCUUUACCUUGACACAUGACCACGGUUACUUCUUCUGUCUAUACAUGUAUACUAUUUUGUAUUAGUAUAUGAUUAUGUAUGGUGAUUGUUGUAUGAAUUAAGAAAGCAAACAAAAAAUAGAAAAUGAAGUAAAU